AUGGAUGGUCGGAGUAAAAAUAUUAGGCGAAGAGUAAACACGCCUAAUGCCGAUCAAAGUACAACCGAUCCGCUACUACGGCAAACACAAACGGCUGAUGAGAACGCGGGACUGAAAAGUAUAUUUGUCACUCGCAAUAGAAUCAAGUGGUAUUGGAGCCCCGUGUUCCUUUCAUUGUGGUUGAUUCUGUACUUUACGGUUGCUAUACCGGCAUUUCAUCGUCUGCCCAAACCUCUAAAUAUCAAAGAUGAAGCCAAAUAUCCAGAUCGGUUUAUAGCCGAAAGAGCGGAAAUUAACCUGCAGAAAUUAAUUGAGCUGGGACCACGGGUUGUCGGUAGUGAUGCUAACGAGAAAGGAGCUAUAAAAUACUUUCAUGCAUAUGUUCAAAAGCUCAAGAGUGAAGCAAAGGAUGUUUACGAAAUUGAAACAGAUGUUCAAAUUGCAUCCGGCAGCUACGUACAUUGGGAAAUGGUAAAUAUGUACCAAAAUAUACAGAACUUUGUGAUAAAAAUCGGACCUAAAGGCUACAACGGGACAUCGUAUUUGUUGGUAAAUUGCCAUUAUGACUCAGUUCCUAGUGGACCUGGUGCUGGUGAUGAUGGUGCAAUGGUUGCCAUCAUGUUGGAAACUAUACGUGUGUUAUCGAAAGCCGACAAACCUUUGAGAAACCCGGUGGUUUUUCUAUUCAAUGGUGCAGAAGAAAAUCCGCUACAAGCUUCACACGCAUUCAUCACACAACACAAAUGGGCCAAAUAUUGCAAGGCAUUGAUUAACUUGGAUUCCGCUGGUAAUGGGGGUCGGGAAAUUCUAUUCCAAUCUGGACCAAAUCAUCCUUGGUUGAUGAAGCAUUACAGAAAUGCAAUUGUCCAUCCGUACGCCUCGACAGUAGCAGAAGAAAUGUUCCAGAGACACUUUAUUCCAUCAGAUACAGAUUUUCGCAUUUUCAGAGAUCACGGAAAGGUGCCCGGUCUGGAUAUGGCUCAUCAAUACAAUGGUUAUGUCUACCAUACACGCUUUGAUCGCCCCGAAAUUUUACCACGAGGUAGCUUACAGAAUACUGGCGAUAACGUGCUGGCCUUGGUGAAAGAAAUAGCUAAUGCUCCCGAAUUAGAGGAUACUUCGAAAUAUGCUGAGGGACAUACGAUUUUCUUCGAUGUGAUGGGAUCAUUUUUAGUAUUCUACACUGAAACCGAGGGCGUAAUUUUAAAUAUUGUUGUCUGUUUGACAGCUAUUGCUGCUUGCGGAUAUUCCUUCUUCCAAAUGUCAAAUUGUACUGGUUUCAAAUUGCGCCAUGUUCUGAGGCGCUCUUUCAAUACAUUCUUUGUUCAGGUCAUCGCCGUCGUAGUGGCGGCCGCUUUAGUUUUCAUAAUGGGCAUAUUUAUGGACCUAAUUCACCUACCAAUGUCUUGGUUUACACAUUCGUGGCUGAUAUUGGGUUUAUAUUUCUGCCCCCUGUUUUUCGGUUUCGCGAUUAUUCCUGCAUUAUAUUUCCAAUAUACCAAAGAUGAUCGCUUUCCAAUGGGUUACCGCGUGCAGCUUUUGCUACAUUGCCAUUGUCUGUUCCUGUCAGUGCUGACCUUGCUUAUGACGAUUUGUAAGAUUCGAUCAGCCUUCAUGUUUACCAUAUCAAUUUUAUUCUACACCACUGCGUUGAUAAUCAAUUUGGCAACUAAACUUCACAAUAAACCUAUGGCUUGGAUGAUUCCGCAUAUUAUCUGUGGCAUUCCACCGUUUAUUUUUUAUGCAUAUUUGUCACAUGGAUUCUUUGUUACAUUUAUUCCGAUGACUGGACGUUUUGGAGCUUCUGUAAAUCCAGAUCUAAUCAUUUGCGCCUUUACUGUUGGUGUGGGCAUAUUGACGGGUGGUUUUAUGAUUCCAUGUUUGAAUUUGUUCAGAAAAUCUAAGACUAUUAUUUGCGCUUUGCUCGGCAUAACGUUGAUUUGUUUGGUUAUAGCAGCCACUCCAUUAGGCUUCCCUUACAGAGCAGAAACAAAUGUCCAAAGGUUUUCUAUUUUACACACACGUCGCACAUUCCGCGAUAUGCACAACGAAGUGCGCCGAGUCGAAACGGGAUAUUAUAUUUUGCCUCAGGAUAGACGGACAUAUUCUGUUAAAAAUCAUGCAAUUAAUAUGACAUUGGCGGCACCAAUAAUGGACGAUUGCGAAAAAGAAAUGUUAUGUGGGUUACCGCUGUACAAUCAUAGAUGGCAUAAGUCAAGGGAGUCUAGUAUCUGGAUACCUGGACCAGACCCCUCGUUUGAUCAGACACCUGUCAUUAAUAUUACUUCAAAAAAUCAAAUAAGUAAAACGAAAAUACGUUAUGAUUUUGAAUUAACAGGUCCUGAUCAUAUGGGUAUAUUUAUACAACCUUUAAACGGAAGCAAGGUGAUUGAAUGGUCUUUCCAUUGGACACCUUUGCGUAUGGGAUGGGAACCACCCUACUUCAUUUAUUUCUCAUAUGGAAUCAAUGGUGAUCCUUUGAAAUUUUGGUUGGAAAUCGAGAAAAAGGACGGUGAUUGGAGUAAACCAAACGUAGAAAUUGGUAUAGGUGGUCAUUGGAAUCAUCAUGAAGAUAAGCAAACCCCCGAAUUUAGAAAAUUCCUCGCCAGUUUUCCAAAAUUUGUCGACCCAAUUGCUUGGCCGGCUUCAUAUGAUACUUGGAUGUUUUAG